CUUAAUUUUUAAAUACAGUAUAUUUCAAACCAAACAGCACUUUGACAGUAAUUAUAGUUUUUUAUACCCUAUAUCACAGUCAACUGAUCAUUUUUGAUAGACAGUCCACCCAAUCAUUUCCCUCAAUUCAAUCAAUCAGUUGAUGGGCAACACUAUAUGCUACUACAUGUGCUGUUGUUGUCUAUGCUGUCGGCGAAAGUAUGUCAAACAGCACCGGCUGAAGGAGAAGCGACAUACAAUUGCAAUGAUAAACCAGUUGUCGAAAAGUCAUAGACCGCGAACAGUUGGAACGGAUCCGACAAAAGUCGAGUUGAAAGAUAUGGCCAAGACUUUUGUGGUGCCGAGUAAGAAGUUCAAGACAGCAGAAGAUGUUAUCGCAUACGAGGGCUAUAGAUUAGGCAAAACAAUCGGUUCCGGAAGUUUUGCAAAAGUCCAUCUCAUUACACACAUAAAGACUGGUGAAGAGUUGGCCUGUAAAGUGUUAAACCUGACCGACAAACUAAUGGACGGCCGUAAACGUCGCUUAAUGCGGUCCCGGGAUAUUAAAAACGAGUUGUUUACUCUUGAAAAGCUCACACAUCCGCACAUUAUACGACUGGUAACUCAUUUUACAAUUAUCAGAGAUGACUUGAUGUCUACUUUCUAUAUAGUCAUGCAAUACGCAAUUGAGGGUUCACUUCAGGAACACACUCGUCUAAGAGGACCGUUUGCCGAACGCUUCUGUAGGCUAUGGUUUGCCCAAAUGUUGUCAGCAUUGGUAUACAUGCAUUCAAAUCGCAUUGUCCAUCGAGACCUGAAACCGCAGAAUAUAUUAUUGGAUGUCAAUCAAGAUGUUUUGAUCAGCGAUUUCGGUCUGAGCCGAAUCGACUCCAGUGGCCAAGAUUUGGAGUCAAAGACCUUUUGCGGAACACCGCAAUAUAUGGCACCCGAACUGUUGAAUAUGAGAUUAAAGAAAGAUGAGCUGAAAAACCAGAAUCCGGUCGACAGAGACAGUAUAGAUGCGCUCAGUUAUAAGGCUAUGCCCGUCGAUGUAUGGGCUCUGGGCUGUGUUGUCUUUUUUUGUUUUACCCAAACAGUUCCCUAUAUUGUCUAUCAUAAAGAUAUGUCCCGAUGGCCUCAGACAGUCGAACAGAUGAAACAUCGAGAAUACAGUUUGCCGUCGCGUUUGAAUCCGACGCCCGAAUUUGUCCAAAUAAUCCGCCGUAUGCUUGAACCCAAUCCCACUUCAAGGCCAACAAUGCUACAGUUGACCACAGAUAAGUGGAUCGCCGAAAAAUAUAAAGUGGUCGACAAAAAGGUCCAAAAAGAUAUGAAAAAGAUUAACAAAUAGUGUGAUUACAAAUAGUUUAGUACAUUAUUUAAC